AUGGGCACAGCGCCGGCUCUGCAGGUCCUCCUGCUGCUGGCCUCCGGAGGAGGGGUCCUCGCCCUCAGAGCCACUCCAGGACCCACACAAACCAACUUCUCCCAGGGGCUGGAAUCCACCAAAGCCUCCAGCUGGAAACCGCCCAUGGAGGCCCCAAAUCCAAAAGUACCGUCCCCUGGAAGUGCCAAGCCCAGGGAUUCCGACUGGCUGGCCGGGGCCCUGAACUCGAGCCAGAUGGCGGGCUCCGUGUGGUCCAACGUGGGCACCGAGGGCCAAGAUGCCGUCUGGUCCGACAUCCCUGGGUCCCAGAUGGUUGCUGACCACCCCCGGGGGGCUCCUUUCUCCACGACCACCCGGGCUCCCAGACCCUUUGCCCCCGUGUCUCACACCACAGGAGCUGCCCGGGACCCCCUUGAUUCUUCUGUCCUGAACCCCCAGUCCAAGGUGUCUUUGGGGAACCCCCAGGCUAGCUUCCCCCAACAGGCCCAGGGGCCUCUGGCGGUGCUGGUGGGGUCCACCAUCCGGUUCCCUCUGGAUCCAGUCCCCAGCCCCGGGCCCCCCACCCCUCUGGUGGUCUGGCGCCGGGGCUCCAAGACCCUCGCAGCGGGGGCCCUGGGGCCGGAGGCCCCUCCCAGCAGUCUGGACCCUGCCCACCGCGCCCGGCUGCGAUUUGACCGGAUCUCAGGCGGGCUGGAGCUUGCUUCUGCCAGGCUGGAAGACGCGGGCGUCUACACAGUCGAGGUCAUCCGGGCUGGGGUCCCCGUGCAGAUCCGGGAGUUCACGGUGAGCGUGUAUGAACCCGUGCCCCAGCUGUCCGUGCAGCCCCCGGCCCCGGAGACAGAGGAGGGGGCGGCCGAGCUCCGGCUGCGCUGCGUGGGGUGGCAGCCGGGGCGCGGGGAGCUGAGCUGGAGCCGGGACGGACGCGCCCUGGAGGCGGCGGACCCGGAGGGAGCAGAGCCGGCCCGCGUGCGCGCGCUGGGCGACCAGCUGGUCAUCGUGCGCCCGGUGCGCGGCGACCAGGCCCGCUACACCUGCAGCGUCCGCAGCCCCUUCGGCCGGGCGCAGGCGGCGGCCAAUGUCAGCGUGUACUACGGCCCGGACGCCCCGGUCAUCAGCGUCUCCUCGGACCGCGACCCGGCGCCCGCGCGCUUCGUCAGGGCCGGCAGCACCGUGAGCCUGCGCUGCAGCGCCCCCUCGCGCCCGCCCGCCGACAUCGCCUGGAGCCUGGCCGACCCCGCCGAGGCCGCCGUGCCCGCCGGGCCGCGCCUGCUGCUGCCCGACGUCCGCCCGGGACACGCCGGCGCCUACGCCUGCCUGGCCGCCAACCCGCGCACCGGCCGCCGCCGCCGCUCGCUGCUCAACCUCACGGUGGCCGAUCUGCCCCCCGGGUCCCCGCAGUGCUCGGUGGAAGGCGGCCCCGGGGACCGCAGCCUCCGCUUCCGCUGCUCGUGGCCCGGCGGGGUCCCUGCCGCCUCCCUGCGGUUCCAGGGUCUCCCCGACGGCGUGUCCGCGGGGCCGGCGCCCUCUGCGCUCGAGGUGGCCGUGCCCGCCGACCCCCGGCUCAGCGGCGUCCGCGUCACUUGCCUGGCCCAGCACCUGGUGGCCACGCGCACCUGCACCGUCACCCCGGAGGCCCCGCGCGAGGUGCUGCUGCACGCCGUGGUGGAGCGGUCACCGUCCGGGGAGGCAGAGGUGGCGCUGGAGGCUUCCGGCUGCCCCCCACCCUCACGGCCGACCUGGGCCCGCGAAGGCCGGCCUCUGGCUCCGGGAGGCGGGGGGCGCCUGCGGCUCAGCCAGGACGCCCGCAAGCUCCUCAUCGGCAACUUCAGCCUGGACUGGGACCUGGGGAAUUACUCGGUGCUGUGCAGCGGGGCGCUGGGCGCAGGGGGCGACCAGAUUACACUCACAGGACCGUCCAUCUCUUCCUGGAGGUUGCAGCAAGCCCAGGGAGCAGCCGUGCUGACGUGGGACGUGGAGCGCGGGGCUGUGAUCAGCGGCUUUGAGAUCCAGGCGCGGCCAGAGGGACCUGACCUGGGCAGAGCCGCUGCCUCCAGGGACUGGAUCUCGCUGCUCCUCCUGGGGCCCCGGGAGCGCUCGGCGGUGCUGCCCCUCCCUCCCCGGAGCCCUGGCACGUGGGCCUUGCGGGUGCUGCCCACCCUGGGGGCCCAGCCAGGAACUCCAUCCCAGAGCCGGAUCUACCAGGCCAGUCCAGCCCUGGGCCCCGGGGCCAUCGCUGGCAUCGUGCUGGGCUCCCUGCUGGGCCUGGCCCUGCUGGUGGCACUCCUCAUCUUGUGCACCUGCUGCCUGUGUCGCUUCCGGGACAAGACUCUGAAGAAGCAUCCGCCUACCUUGGCACCUGUGGUCUCCCCGCCGGGGAAGCAGCAGCUGAGCGUGACCCCACUGCAGACCCCCUGGGCCCUGCCCUCCAAAGUCCCGCCCACGGACCCUUUCCCAGCCAAGACCCACCAGGCCUCGGACCCCAGGCCAACCAUCUCCCCAGGCAGGGGCCCCAAGGCUGUACGGAUAGCCACGCAGGUGUGA